CUCCUCCUGAACCAAACAAUCCAGAUCCUCCGUCGUCAGCUCUCCGAUCCACCCUGAAGGUCAUCCUGUGUUUGGAAACUGUCAUUGUAGAUUUAAAAUAUGGGUAACCACGCUUCCAUAGGUGAACGGAGAGAUCGUCAUAAAUCAGGAGACCAAUUUACUCCUUAUUCUCCUGGAAGAAUUGAUGGCCAGGCAUUUACAUUUGAUAAACAUAAGGCCAACAAACUACACCAACAGCCAUCAGAGGAGGAACAGGAACCUGUUGUUUUGAAAAAAUCAACCUCUGAUGGCAAAGACAGUGAAGAGCAUGUGCCUAUUAGACCUCGGGCUGUUAUUACACAGGGAAAUAAGAAAAUGUUACCCUUUGUGAUUAAAUGGAGUGGAGGAGGCCAAGCUGUGGCUAUUGCUGGCACAUUUAAUCAAUGGCAGAGUAUUCCUAUGGUGAAAAGGUAAAGUUUCAAAAUAGUA